CAUCAUGAACAUUUUGCCUUUUUUAUCCUUUUCCUUGGUCCUACAUAGCACAAGAGAUGUGUUAGCAGGGCAGUGCUGGCAGGGGCAGAUGUAUACUGAGAUGGUGGUGUCCCCUGAGCUGAGAAGCAGCAGCAUCCUGUGGGUCCCAGAAGUGUUGUCUCUAACCAAGUGUGCUGAGGCGUGCUGUAAUCUACCAGGCUGUGACCUGGCCUGGUUUUUCGAGAGACGAUGCUACAUACUCACUUGUCAAAACAAAGAAAACUGUCAGCCCAAAAAGAGGCCUGGUACAGACUCACUUCUAGCCUUUGUAGAACGUCGGCACCCACAGUCACCGGUCCUGCAGUCACUUGUACGAGGCAAACCUUUCCCCAGCCACUGGCGCCCAUUGCCAAGGCACAGGGACUUAGAGGACCCUCUAAAGGACCUGGCAUUGCUGGAGGGCAUUCAGAGUUUGGACAAAGAUGCACUGGAGUAUGAUGAGAGCUUUAGAGAGGUGGAGGAUGAUGUGACUGACGAAAGAACCGAUCUAAAACUGAAACCGGAAGAAAUUCCAGGAUUUUUUAAUUUGCCUGUCCAGGAAAGAGAUGGAUUUAACUUUUCAGAGACAGAAGAAAGGAAACAAAAUUCAGAAAUGGAAACCGAUGAAGGCAGAGAGGUUAUGCCCAGCAACUCUCCAGCAGGAACAGAUAAAAAGACGACAUCUCCCACUCCAACAGAUCCCUCAUGGAGCCCUUUAGCAUUCAGUUUGCAGACUGUAAAUGAUAAGGAAGGUCAGCUUACCACCUCUUUCACAAGUGAUCCAACUCCCCUGCCUCAGAUAAUCAGUUCAGACCCAAAAAAGAUGAACUUGGAUAACAGUGCACUACCUUCCCAAUCUAACAUAAGAACCACUCCACAAAGCACCUCCGCACAACCAGUACAAGCCCUGGUUGUAUCUAUUGGUAAUUUUGAUGAUGUAACACUGCCCAAGAAAGCUGUGGAACUAACAGCUUCUGUCACUCCAGAGACUAGAACAGAUAAUAUUUACACAUAUGAAUGGAGUAUUGUCAGUGCACCAGAUGGUCAACAAGAAGUGAUGGAGGGAAAACACAGCAGCACUGUUAAAAUUUCUAAACUGUCAGCAGGUGUAUAUACUGUAAAAGUGAGUGUGGCAGGAAAACAAGCCUAUGGAGAGGGUGUUGUAAACUUCACAGUGCGUCCUGAGCUGAAUCUAAAUAUGCCACCUAAAUCAAUUGUUCUCCCAAAGCACCAGGAUGUUUCCUCAUCUCCGGGCACCAUGGUCUUCAUCAAUGGAAGCACAAGUACAGAUAAUAUAGGUAUAGUCAAUUAUCUCUGGGAACAGAUUGAUGGACCACUGUGGAAAAGUAAGGGUCCUAUGGACACCCCUGUACUCACACUGCAGAACCUCUCUCCCGGAGAAUACACAUUUAAGCUGACGGUGACAGAUUCUGAAGGGCUGUCUGACUCUAGCACUGCCACGGUAAAAAUGAGCAGUCCUAAAGAUGAGCCCCCAGUGGCUAAUGCUGGCACUGAUCGGGUCAUUAGGCUUCCAGUAAACCACCUCACUCUGUGGGCCAAUCAGAGCACGGAUGAUCACAGCAUCGUCAGCUAUUUAUGGAGCCUCCAUCCUAGCAGUUCAUCGAAAGCAGCAACCAUUCAGGGUUCAAGAUCUCCAGCUCUGGAGCUCUCUGAUCUCCAGGAGGGUCAGUACACAUUCCAGCUCACUGUCACUGACUCCAGUGGCCAGCAGGACUCAGAUAGUGUAAUAGUUACUGUACUUACUGAGAACAGAGCACCUGUAGCUGUGGCAGGACCAGACAAAGAUCUGUUUCUGCCUAUCAGCAGCAUCAUACUAAAUGGCAGCAGCAGCACCGAUGACCAGGCCAUCACCAGCUACCAGUGGGAAACUCUCAGUGGUCCUCCUGGAUCAGAGAUUAAGGAUGGCACCAUGGCAGUUGCGGUGGUAACAGGCCUUCAAGCUGGAUGUUACAGGUUUAAGCUGAGUGUGCAGGAUGAACAGGGAGCAUCAGACAGUGCAGUGAUCACAGUUACAGUCUCAGAAGCGGACAACCUGCCUUUUACAGCCCAUGCUAGCGGCAGCCACACACUCACUUUACCCAAUAACUCUCUGGUGCUGAGGGGCUCUGUGUCCAAUUUUGGCUCUGCUAACGUUUCAUUCCUGUGGGUCAGAGACGAGCAAAGUCCAGCUGCUGGGGACAUUCUGUUUGAUUCAGAACAUGAGGCCUCUCUGUACCUGGCAAACCUGGUAGAGGGUACCUACCUGUUUCAGCUGCGGGUCACUGAUGGUCAGGGUCACUCCAGUACUGCAACAGCAACGGUGGAAGUGCGUCCUGAUGUGCGUGAGCGAGAGGUGGUGGAGUUAGAGCUGCAGGUACCUGUAGCUCAGGUCAGUCAGCAGCAGAAACAGUCUGUAGUGAGACAGCUGGCUGCUAUGCUGCAUGUACAGGAUUCAGACAUCAUUAUAAAGGGCCUGCAUGGCCAAUCUGAUAUCAGCACAGUUUUAAGGUUCUUGGUGCGAGGUCCUGAUGGGACAAUCCCUGGUCCUAAACUUUCGCGUCUAUUGAGGUAUCAACUUCUGAAGGAAAAAACAGAUUACCUGCUCUUUAAAGUCCUCAGAGUGGAUACAGUCAUGUGUUUGCUUCAUUGUUCUGGCCGUGGUCAGUGUGACCCCAUCACUAGAAGGUGUUUGUGCGAUCCUAUGUGGAUGGAGAACCCCUUUAGACGAUUUUUGGAUGAUGAGAGCAACUGUGAUUGGAGUGUGCUGUAUGUCACAAUCUGCUGUAUUGUGGUGAUCAUUUUCCUCGUGUCUACAAGCUGGGCCUGGUGUAAAAGAGGAAGACGUUCAAAAAUAAGAAAGAAAACCAAGUACACAAUGCUGGACAAUAUGGAUGAGGAGAGGAUGGAAUUAAGACCUAAAUACAACAUCAAACACAGGAGCACGGAGCACAACUCCAGCCUGAUGAUGUCCGAGUCCGAGUUUGACAGUGAGCAGGACACUAUAUUUAGUAAUGAGAGGACGGACAGGGCCAGGCAUAGAGUUAAUGGAGCCACGACGAAUGGAGACACAUACAGCCUGCGUCCUGUGGAGGGAUGAGACCUUUCUUUAAAAAUGCUUCAGGCUGCAUUCACAAGGAUUUGUUGCCAGUUGUCAGGAAAUAUGUUAAUACAUGUUGCUGGCUGAUAAUCAGUAAAUAAGGAACCAGACCAUCUUCUUACACAGGUACUUCUGACACCCACUGUCUGCAAAGCUGAAUAAUGUCAAUCUUGUAAAAAAUAUGGCCAGAAGUAUGUGAAUACUCUUACCUCUUUGUUUUUCACACCCAGUGCCACACCUAUUCCUUACAGGUGUUUGUAAUCAGAUAUACAAGGGAUCUUCAAAAAGUUUCUGCACUACUAUAUUUGCAUUGUAAAUUGUAAGGGUGGGAGGAGUAGUAAUUGGUCGUGUCCAAGAGACAGAUAGAGCUUUUAGUACGGAUUUAGUGCCAUCUGAGUUCCACCUUUUUGGACCUCUCAAAGAAGCUUUAAGGGGAAGAAGAUUUUCAUGUGAUGAUAAUGUGAAAGCAGCGGUGCAUCAGUGUAUACACGCCCAACCAAAAACAUUUUUUGCUGAUGGCAUUAAAAAGUU